AUGGGCAUCCGAUACCUAACACAACACCUCCUCCCGCACGCGCAAACCGUCUGGCUGCGGAAUACAAAGAAUCACGACCAGAACGUCAAAACCAUCAGUAGCGUGGUGGUAGAUGGCCCCGCGCUGGUGUAUCAUGUCUACAGCCGGCUGCUGUCGUGGAGCGGGGUGGAUUACAAUGUCGUGGAUGCGCAGCCAUCAGCGAAUGAAGUUAGCAUUGGUGUUAUGCAGUUUUUGUUGUGUUUGAGGGGGUUGGAUGUGAGGAUAGAGAAAAUCUUCUUCGACGGCGCCCUGCCACUUUCAAAACGGCCCGUGCGCUUCGAGCGCAUGGAGGCAACCAGACGAAAACUCCGAGAGCUCUGUCGCGACACGGCGGGGGGUUUCAAAACGCCCACCAUCCGCAGAAAAGCUCUAGAUAUCUGCCCGGAGAAAAUAUUCGGUCGACGCCCGUUACCCCGUCGUUUCAAGCCCAUGCCGGAAUCGGCGUUUGUGGUUCCGACGGUCAUUGAAGACUUGAAGUAUCGAUGGAGUCCGGAGGAGGUAUUGAGAUGUACUGCCGGUGUGCCGGAAUUACAGAAGGUUAUUAUUACGGCAUGUGGGAAUACGGAAAAUGACAAUGAGAAUGAUGGAAGCAUAUUUGCGGAAAUAACGGAGGUUGUACCAGGGGAAGCUGAUGUGUACUGCGCAAUUGCGGCAAGGGACUCGGGCUGUGCAGUUCUCACGGGCGACUCUGACCUGCUCGUGCACGACCUCGGCCCGGAAGGCUCAGUGAUAUUUCUCGAUUCGCUUGAAACGGGUGAGCCACUGCCAAACGAUGCUCUGCCGGUGGCGGGCGCAGAGCCGGAUAUUGCAAGCAGAAUAAGCAUACGAGCAACCCAAGUACGGCCCGCGGCAGUCGCCAAGAAAUUGGGCGUGCCCAGUUUCCUGCGCCUCGCCUACGAGGUGAAAAGGGAUCCGCGCGCGUCGUUUGCGACAACCAUCCAGCGCGCCAAGGGGAACGCGGAUGUCGUUGAGAAAAGCGCUAAAUAUAUCUCGUUUCUGAAGGAGUAUGAUCUCAUGGCCGCCGCCACCACCAGCGGGUCGGUGUGGACUUCUUCUAAUCCCCUCGCAGUCAUCACGGACCCCAAGCUCUCCGAGCUGUAUGCGCAAUAUGAACUGCCCUCCUUCGCGAUGCCUGAGGAAGGGGCCCAUGUUUAUCUCCAGGUUUUGAUUGAGCGCCAUGAUCGGCGCGCGGCAUGGAUGGAGGGCAGCGAGUUGCGGUUACUCGCCUACUCGCUAUUGAACCUGGGAUACCCUGCGGGCGACAAGGGGAAACGAAAGGAAGCUGUGAUUGAGCAUAUGCGCAAGGGGAGGCGGAUAGCGGCUAUCCCGCUAACGCUUCUGGCAGAGAAGGAGGCGGAAGAGAGACUCGAGGCUUUUGUGCAGCAGGUUAAUACGUUUGUUUCGUCUGUUGAUAAUGAUGAUGGUGGUGAUGAUGAGAGUAGCGCCUGUGAGCCGGCCGUCCGGUGGAGGGCUUUUGCGCUAUAUGACGUCCUUGCGCGCAUGGGGCCCGACGAGCGAUUGGCUACAGGGAAGCUGCGCCGGUUCCUGGAACGGGGGUACUGCGGGGAGAAGCUCGAGUGGGAUGACAUCCACCUCCACGCGCAGAUGAAGGCGGUGCUGUACUCGCUGAGGGUGCUAAAGGAGGUCCUUGUUGUGGGCGAAGACACGGCGAAGUCUGGUUCGGUUGGCGAGAGAUUGGUUGAGUUGAUGGGUGAGGCGGGUGGCGUGUUGCGCGACUUGCCGUGGAUGCGGGAUUGUGCGCAGCGGACGGGUGGGAUCGGGGGUGGGAUUGAGAAUGGGGAGGCCGCGCGAAGGGUGAUUGAGGGGUUGAUUAGCCUUCUCGACGAAGGGGAGGGAGAAAUGGAUGUGAUUGAGGGGUCUGAUGUGUUUGGAGCGUCUGCCUGCGACCAGAGUGGUCAUGGACUGCUCGAGUCUUCUACGGCUGGUGCCGAGGAGGCAUGGAUCGUCGCGGCGAAUUUGCCUGGCAGUCGGAAAAGGAAGAAGGGGAGGUCGAGCAGCGGUGGGGUGGAACAAGGAGCACCAAUAGUCGCGAAGAAUGCAAUGAAUAUGUAUGAUAUCCUCCGGCAGGUUGAUUAA